CCAAGCCUUGCUUUCCUAUUACGUGACCAGGAACGCACUUCAUGUCCGUUGCGAGCCGGGGCGCUUCGGUCUGACGCUUUCUUCACCUUUCUCAGGGAAAUCGAUGGCCAAGUGUACGUGGGAGAGGUGAAGGAGAAAGAGACAGCCAAGAAACAGUAUGAAAAGGCCGUUUCCUCAGGACAGACGGCCGGGCUGGUCAAGGCUUCCGGCAGGAAGAUGGAGACAUUUUCGGUGUCGGUCAACAUCGCGGCCGAAAGUAACGUGACUUUCGUUUUGACCCACGAGGAGCUGCUUCAGCGGAAAUUGGGCCAGUAUGAGAUCCUGACCCGGGUGAAACCCAAACAACUUGUCCAGGAGUUUCAGAUCGUCGCAAACAUCUACGAGCCUCAAGGCAUCGCUUACGUCGAGACCCAUGCCACGUUCCUCUCCAAUGAGCUGCUCCCCCUGGUGGAAAAAACUGUCACCGAGAAGAAGGCACACAUUGCCUUCUCGCCCAGUCUGGAUCAGCAGAGAAAAUGUCCAGGCUGUGAUGGAACACUGAUCGAUGGAGAUUUCGUCAUCAUGUACGAUGUGAAACGCACCUCGAGCCUCGGGGACAUUCAGGUCAUCUGUGAACUU